AUGGUGGUGUUUCUUGACUUCGACGAGGACGAAUCUUUCCUCGAGCCCUCCUCCUACCGUCCGACUGACGCGUAUCCGUCAUCGCAGCAGCAUCAGCAGCAGAGCGCUGCAGACGCCAACAGCAGCAACAACAACAACCACAACGAUGCGCAGCAGCAGCCAAACCCGCACCCGUGCGACGACGAGCGCCCCAAUCCCAACAUCAACGGCUUCUCAGCCAUUCUGAGCUGCUAUCCGAUCGUCACGCAGCUCGCGUCGCUGCUCGACCUCAACUCGCUGCACGACCUGUCGCGCACGUGCCGGCAGUUCCGCGCCAACCUGCUCGAGUACCGCAACCAGCUCGUCACGCAGACGCUGCGCUGCUGCAACGACGAGGCGCCGUUCGAGAGCCGCUCGCCGCCCUCGGACCCCCACCACGCCCAGCACGACUGGCGCAGCUCGCCCGGCGACGAGGCCGCCGGGGGCAGAGGUAGGAGGCUGUUGAGCGGGAAGGUCGGCAAGUGCGCGAGGGACAUGGUGGGGGAGUGUCGGAAGUGCGGGAUUGUGGUUUGUAGGAACUGCACCAGCAAGCCGCCUCCACCCAUAGCCUUCCCCCUCCGCCUCCGCCGCCUCUGCAAGACGUGCGCAAACGUGCCGCUGUCGGUCCUCACGUCGCCCGACAUCACCACGCCCCCGCCCGCCUGCUCGCUGCCGUCCUGCCGCGCCGCCGCUCGCUCAUCGUCGUCGUCAACGACCCCCGGAUCCACGUCGCCGCAUUCGUCGUCGUCCUCGAUCCUCCUCGGCAGCACCCCCCCUCCCGGCGCCAACAUCGUCUCCUCGUCUUCUUCCCCUCCGCUCUUCACGCCAUCGUCCUCGCCCGGCGCCGCAUCAUCCUCCUCGUCCCCUCCUUCCUCCUCGUACGGCCCGCCAUCACCACCAGAAAGCAGCCACAACCACCACCACCCCUCCCACCCCUCCCACCCCUCCCUCUCCACCUCCUCCCCAUCCUCCCACAGCACUCCCCCAAAACCACCCGCGCAACCACCAUUCACCGCCCAAGCCUUCACCCGCCACCCCUGCGCCUGCCCCGACGCCGUCUGGCUCUGCCCCCCCUGCGGCCACGCCAUCCGCACCCGCGACCAGCAGUACGCCCUCGGCUGGACGUGGCGCACCCGCUACAGCACGUACCUCGGCGGGCUCGGCGCCGGCAUCGGCGAGGGCCACGAGGGCGUCAAGUGCGGGCUCGGCCCCGCGUGCCGCGGCGGGUGCGACGUCGAGCACGAGGAGUGCGGGACGGCGGAGGAGCUGGCGGGGAUCGUGGGGAGGGGAGGGGGUGGGGGUGGGGGAAUUGGUGGGGGAUUCGGGGGGGUUGGUGGGGGACUUGGUGGUGGGGGAAUUGGUGGGGGAGGGGUUGGUGGGAUUGGGGGAUUUGGUGGGGGAGGACUUGCUGGGUUAGGGACUCAGCAGAGCAGUCGGGGUGUGGCGAUCGGUGGUAGCAGCAGCAGCAGCAACCGCAUACCCGGAGAAGAAGCGGGGGCCGGGACGGCCACGUCGGUCGGCGGCCCGCACGACGAGUGGAGCGGCACCUCCUUCUUCGCGCAGGAGAUCGAGGGCAUCGGCGGCCGCCGCGUCAUGAAGAUCAAGCGCCGCGUGCGCGUCGGCGCCGUCGUCAAGGAGUACGAGGACGAGCGCGAGGGCCGCGCCCCCUACCUCGCCCGCGAGAAGGACGGCUCCAGCCGCGCGUGGUGCGCCUGGUGCGCCCGCGUCGUGCCCUCGCUGCGCGACGCCCGCGAGCUGGAGGACGUGUGGGGCUUCGGGGGCGGGGCCGUGUUUUGCGGGGAUGGGAGGACGGUGAGGUGA